AACACGCUGUAAACUGUAUCCGCUUGGAGUGAAACGGGCACACUUCGAAAAGCAACGUAAGCCAACCGACAUAAACAUUUCGCGCAACAGGUGUUCGGUGUUCAGGUAUACGAGUCGCGUCGUGCGGAAAGUUGUGUGCGAGUCAAGCCAAAGAAAACUCAAGUCGUAUCGGGGGAAAACUCAAGGCGAAGGAAAAACCAAUGGGUAGAAUAAUUUAACACCCUUGUACCAGAAUUCCUUAGAAAAAACGCUUCGUACUCUGCGCCUGUGUAAAAUCCGUGUUUCAAUCCGUACUUUGUUUAUCUUUUUUAUUGCGGGAGUGCCCUUUGAGAUUGUGUUUUUUUCGAAUUAAACAAGUGGCCUGGGAAUAUAUUCUGGUAGAUGCAAUUGCAGCAUAUUUUCCACGCAUCCAACCAGAAGGAGUAAAAGAAACAACAUCACACACACACACAUACACACACACAAUCGCCUCCCCCCGAACCCCCGCGAGCAGCAUAAAAAUACAGCAUAAACAAAAACCGGUUAAAACGAACAGACCGAUAAAAGGCGCCUUGCCCCAAAGAGCAAGCGAGACACACAUAAAACGUGAAAAUAAAACAAGAAAAAAAAAUAAUAAAAUAUCUACGGACUUUUGUUUUGAAACGGCAUCGAAAUAAGUGUGUUUUGUUCUUUAUUUACUCGUGUUUACAGCGAUUUCUCAUGUUAAUGCCUUAUCGGCCGAUCAAAUCGAAAGUGAACGAGUAAUUGCCAUUGGUAUUGGUAUUCCCAUUGCCGAAACUCUUUCGCGUGGCCUCCUUCUUAUCGCCAGCACACUCCACUCCACUCCACUCCAGCCAUCCAGCCAGCCACCUCUAGUACCUGCUGCCCCAGCCAGGCCAGCAAACACACCUUAAAAUCUGUUCAACAUACACGUGGAAGUUUUCAGAUCGGCUCAAUUAACAUGCUCUUCAGGUAACUAAUUACGAACGGAUAUUGGUCGGAUAUUGGUCCUCAAAAUGGCAGACAGCAGCAAUAACGCCCAGACCCCAUCUCCGAUGGAGGGUCGCGAUGAGGUGGACUUCAUUGUGGCCAAGCACAACAACAAUAAUGAGUACGGUGAUCUGCGAAGCGUGAGUCAGGCGGUGAUCCAAAACACCAAAGCAUCAGCAACAGUAACAGUGGCAACUGCAACUGCAACUGCAACAACCACAACAGAAGCAGCAACAGCAACACCAAACAACGAACCAAACAGCAACACCCUGAAAAAGUCCAAGGAGCGUCGCACCCUUUUCCAUUUCGGGAGCAGCAGCAAGAAACUGAGUCAGAGCAAGUCCCAGGAUGAGGCGGAGUCCACGACCACCUCCACCUCCACCUCGACAGCCGUUGCCCCGCUGCCGCCGGUGCCGAUCGGAACGCCGCCGAGGCAGCACAAGUUCGUCAAGAGCAACAGUCUGGCCCGGCUGCUGGGCAACACCUACAACGCCAAGAAGUUCGAGAAGCAGGAGCAGAAGCGUCUGGCCAGCGGAUCUGAGGGCGGAAAGUUCAACACCUACAGCGGGAGGCGGGGCCGGGCGGGACCGUACCUGGAACGCUUCAAACGGGUGUCCAAGGAGGACGGGGACAUCGCCGGCGGUGAUGACUCUGUUCGAGUGACCAAUGUCAUUACGCUGACCACGGAUUCGCGGGAUCUGCUGUACGGUAGCCGGCAGGAGCAUGUCGGUCGCACGGCUGGCCACGAGCAGCCGGAUCAGCUCAGCUCCAAGGCCAUUCGCACUCUGACCCGCAGCCUGGGAAAGCUCUGGAAGCGAACACACAGCGUGGACAUCAGUACGCCCGAUCCGGAGUUCAAGGUCUCAUACCUGGGGAACGUGCUCACCGGUUGGGCCAAGGCAGGUGAGGGUUGCGUCGAGAAGCAGCUGAACACUUUGUGGCGGAACUACACCCAACACUCCAAGCCGGACGUCAUCAUGCGAUUGAAGGUGUGUGCCUCUGGUCUUAAGGCCACCACUCGGCAGCAUGGCCUCACGGAGUACUGGGCCCACAGGAUCACCUACUGCUGCGCUCCGAAGAACUAUCCCCGGGUCUUCUGCUGGAUCUACCGGCACGAGGGCAGGAAACUAAAACACGAACUGCGAUGCCAUGCGGUGCUCUGCAGUAAGGAGAAGAUUGCCCAGGACAUAUGCGAUACCCUGAGGGAGAACCUCGAGAGCGCUUUGCGUGAAUUUAAGCGCGAGAAAAUUCUGAAGCAAAACGCUCGCCUCAGCCUGGCCAAUGCCGUCUACGACAACCCGAGCUUGCCGCGCCGCAAGAUCAUGCUGAGCGUCGGCGGCAACAACUACCGACCCCCCUUGGAGCGCUCCAAGUCGGCUCCCAAACUGAUGGCCAUCGAGGAGGCCAUCGGCGAGGAGGAGGGCGACGAGAUCGAGGACACCAACGAGCCGGAGAUGAAGCCCUGCUGUCAGAAGGACUCCCUCUACCCGGCCAUGACACUGGGCCGGCGUCGUUGUCGUCGCGGUCACUCCAUCAGAAGAACAGGAAAGAUUCAGGCAUCCUCGCCCUGCUGCAGCUCCCACAUGGUCCCGGAGGAGGAGGAAUCACAAAAGGCAACCGCAUCUGCGAUCAUUCCAUCUAACGAAGGCUCCGAUUCGGAUGACUUCGAGAAGCUCCUGAAGUUUGAACCAACCCUGAGCACCGAGUUGCUCCCUUACUUCGAUAUGCAGCUGAACAAGCAGGGCAGUCAGAGCAUGCUGAGUCUCAGGGAGCUGAAGGAGGAGGAGGAGGAUGGUGAGCCGCUGAGUCUGCUGCCCACUAUCAACAGCGAUCCCAGUGCGGAUCCGGAGGCGGACUACGCAAAUGAGCCCACCCUGCGCCGCAGUGGAGUGUGCAGUGACGGGGAAGAGGAUUUCCUGGACGAUGCGGACGAGGAUCACUACUUCCGGCAUGCGGCCAUGCUUACCAUGCUGCACCGCAGCUCCAUGCGGAAAAUGCGAGCCAGCGACCAAGCCAGCAUGCAGUACCGCCACCAGGCACAGUCGUCGAUCUCCUCCAAUGCCUCCAGCUCUACCACAGCUAGCAGCUCGGCGGCGGCUGGCGUAGGCGGAGGAUCCGUGAAUGCACAGGGAAUGCCCAGCCCGGACAGCGAUGAGGGAUCCAUAUCCAGUGGCUGCGAAACGGCUAGCACUGUCACAAACGCUAACCACGAAGAGUACAACAAUGCCAAGCGGAACAGUGAUCCCGGGCAGCUGCAGCAGGGGGAGGAUCUGGAGCUGGAGCAGGCGCAGGCUCAGGUGCUGGAGCAGAUGAUGAUCUACCAAAGACUGGAGCAGCAGCUGCGCCACAACAGCAGCGGCGAUGCCACCAAUUACAGCAGCUCCAGCAGCAUCACGCUGAAGCACAGCGAUUCCGGCAGCGACAAGCAGGAGCGAAGCGACCGGGCCAACCAGGGCGAUGACUCGGACAGCGAUGAGUCCGGCUACGUGGAGUUCCAGGAGAAGGAGAAGGAACAACCUGUGCCGCAACAACAGCAGCCGGUCACCAGCAGUGCGACUCUAUCAAAGAUACCAACCGCCAAGCCGAAGAUUCCGCCUAAGCCGGCACCGCGUCGAUCCCUUAGUCUCAAUGUGGCCACCGCCGGAUCAGCGGCAUCGUCCGCUGGAAAGGCUCCCGGCACCGCCGUCUAAAUGAAAUGCUUUAACCUUGAAAUCACAACGGAAACCCGUCUACAAAUUGUUAUUUCUGCACACCCGUCAGCGACCAUAGCAAAAACAAAAAAACCAAUCAAAGUGCAAGAAAUUUAAUUAAUAGCUAUAGUUAAUCAUUAGUUCGUAGCCAAUAAGUCAUUUGUUGCUGGUUUAUCGAGAGGAAGACCUAACGAUAGUCCCUCAUCUCCCCAUUUCCCAUUGCCCACUCCCCAAUUCCAUAAUGAAUUUAUAUUGUAUGAGUUUUGUAUAUAAACUAAAUGCCCUAAGCACUGCAUGUACUAUAUAUUUACGCGAUUUUAAUUGAUGAACUGUAUCUUAUGUAUGAAUAUAAAUUAUUAUCUGAAAAA